UUAUAUGAGGCGCUGAGCGCAAAAGUGGCCUAAACCACAAAAAAUGAAAAAUUGAAGCAACUGUACCAAGUUAUUCAAAAUUGUGUAAUUAAUAUAAAAGCAAGACCGGCCUAUUUAGUUUAUUUUUUUUUCCCCUAGAUAGCAGCACUAUUCUGUUGUUGCAUCCAGUCAUUUUUGUUUUCAUUAUAAUGCAAUACUGGCCUAUUUACAUUAUCACAAAAUAGGCCACUAUGGUUACCAAAUUUUAUCAAAACCGUUAAUAGGCCGUUUUAAUCAUAAGUUAUAAACACGUUUAGUUCGUGGUUAUAAUGACUUUAUUAUGUAUUGUUUUAAUAUUGUAUUUGAUAAGCAUGAUUAUGAUACAUGCUACGUUAUCAUUUUAUUCGUAAUUCGGUAUUAUAAUUCAAUAUAAUAUGUAAUUACUCAAAUUGUGUACUGUAAAAUGAAAAUGUGAUUGACUUAUAAGUUAAAAUAGAGUAGUAAAAUAUAAAUUUAACAAGUGCUGCAAACUAUCCCAACGUUAUAAUGUCUACAGAUUUUAUUAGCAAUCUUCUGUCAGAAUCUGAAGACGAAUAUUCGUCGACUUCAUACGUCCCGUCUGACCUUAAUGAAUCAUCUGAUAAUGAUACAUCAAUUUCCGAAACUCAAAAUGAAAACACACAAAUUGUAGUCAAUCUUGAUGCUUCUGAUAUAGCUGAUAAUGAUCAAAGCAAUGAAGAUAUUAAUUCAAAUAAAGGCAGAAAGAGGAUCAGAGAUGAAACGAAAUGGAAAAGGAACAUUCGAAAAAAUUUAAGAAAUUCUGGUAAGAGAUACAUAACUUCUAAAGGUAAAGAAUUUCCUGAAAAAUAUUUUGAAGAUUUUGAAUGUAUGUGUCACAAUAAAUGUCACCAAUUAUUUUCUUUAGAGCACAGAGAAUAUGUGUUUAAAUCAUAUUAUGCACUAGGGUGUCAUAAUUUGCAAACUUCUUUUUUGUGCAGUUUAAUAACUGUUCUUAAAAAAAAUCGAACUUAUAAUAAAGAUACACCUAGCAGAAAAGAAUUUAGUCGUAUAUAUAGUUUUCCUGUAAAGCUAAUUAAUGUUGAUACAAGCUAUAUUAUAAAAGUUUGUAAAGAUUUUUUCAAACGUUCAUUUAAGAUAUCUGAUGGUCGCAUUACAAGAGCUUUAGUAAAUAAAGUUGUUGGUAAUACUCCACCUAAAGAUGCCCGUGGAAAAAGUGCAGCUGUAAAUAAAGUAUCAAAUGAAAAGCGUGUUGAAGUUAUAAAUUUUAUUAAAAAAUUUCCUACAUCUACAUCACAUUAUUCUAGACACAAAAAUUUGAAUAAGAAUUAUUUAAGCUCCAAUUUAAACAUCUCAAUAAUGUAUAAUUUAUACAAACAAGAACACAAUGAUCCAGUUUCAAUGUAUGUAUUCAGACAAAUCUUCGACAGAGAUUUUAACUUAUCAUUUCAUCCUCCAGUUUCUGACAGUUGCAAAAAAUGUGACAUAUUUAUUACUAAAAUUAAAACAGCCUCUGAAGAAGAUAAAGUCAAAUUAAAUGAAGAACACGAAUUGCAUCUUAGAAAAGCUGAAGCUGCUCGUAAUGGAAUGAAUAGUGAUGUACAAGCAGCAAAAACAGAUAAUCAAACUACUGUUAUUGCAUUUGAUCUCAUGAAGACUCUUGCAACUCCAUCCUUAUCUGUUGGUAUAGCUUAUUACAAGAGGCAAUUGUGGACGUAUAAUUUAGGUAUACACAACCUAAGUACAAAUGAUGCGUAUAUGUAUGUAUGGAAUGAGUCCAUAGCCUCAAGAGGGCCACAGGAAAUUGGGUCUUGUAUUUUACACUUUGUUAAGAAUCAUGUAAACACAGAAAAACUUAUAAUGUACAGCGACCAAUGUGGUGGACAGAAUCGCAACAUUAAAAUGGCUUUAAUCUGCAAUUUUAUUGUGUGUUCUGACCACUUGUCUCCUACACAAAUACAUCAUAAAUUUUUAGUGUCUGGACAUUCCUACCUACCUUGUGAUAGAGAUUUUGGGGUUAUUGAAAAACAGAAGAAGUAUCAUCCUGAAAUUUACAUUCCAAAUGAUUGGAUUACAGUCAUUUUAAAGGCUCGAAAAAAAAAUCCCUUCAAGGUUGUACAAAUGACUCAAGAAGAUUUUUUUUCCACUGUACUUCUUGAAAAAGACAUCACUAAUAGGAAAAUAAAUGGUGAUGGAGAGAAAGUUGAAUGGUUAAAAUUUCAAUGGAUCUUCUUUACCAACGACAAACCCUACCAUAUGUUUUACAAAUAUUCUAAUAAUGAAUUUGUUACAUUUUCUUGUGUGAAUUUGUCUAAACGUGUAAUGGCUAAGCCAAAAGAACUUCAAAAACUUUACCCUAAUGGUCAUCCUAUUCAAAAAGAAAAAUACAAUGAUCUCAUGGAACUUAUGCAAUUUAUACCACCUAUACAUCAUGAUUUUUAUAAAAAUAUUAAACAAAAAAAAUAA